AUGACUCCCACUCCGCCCUCUGCGACGACCUCCUCUUCGGGGCACUCCCCUGAAGAGCAGUUUCGGAUUGUAAGACGCAGGAAUCGGGUGCCUCUGAGCUGUCUGCCGUGCCGGACUAGAAAACUGAAAUGCAACAGAGGUUCCCCUAGUUGCGAGAAUUGCAUCAAGCGUGGCGACACACAAUCCUGUGUCUAUGCGAAUCCGUCGAGCCGGAGAAAGACACAAAUCAAUGCGGGGCCAAAUGCAACCCCGGACGAUAUGCAGAACCGCAUCGACCGCCUCGAAGGCCUGGUACUCAGCCUGAUGCAUGGCGGUGCCAAUAUAGAUGCUUCUACCGCGGCCGCAGCUACGACUUCGUCUGGAUCUAUGUCAGGCCCAGCUCCCGCAUCCGUAACCGACAGCAGCGACCAAAGGGUAGAGCAAGACGAUGAGAACGCCAUGAGAGACGAGCCCGACGGCGACAGUGAUGUUGACGACGGCCUGGCGACUUCUCUGGGUGUGUUGAAGGUGGACGCUGAUAAGGGCAAAUCCCUGUAUAUUGGGCAGGAGCACUGGCAUACACUGCUGGCAGACAUUUCAGAGGUCAAGACCUUUUUUGCGUCACAUAAGAAGGAUCUUGAAAAGAGCUAUGAAAGAGUUAUGUCCUCAAAGCCGGCGACGGCGCGGGAUUCUCCCAUUUUCCUUCUGUCAGCGCCGCCCUCGUCCGAAACGGAACUCCGUGCCGAGCUACCAGCGAAAUCAGCCAUCACUACUCUGGUCUCGAGGUAUUUCAACUCGCUGGAUACGGCCGUGAUGAUAAUACACGGGCCCACGUUUCAGCAGCAACUACGAAAUCAUUGGCAGGAUCCCACGAAGUCUCCGAUUAUGUGGGUCGGCUUGGUCUAUUCAAUGCUUUGCCUUGCCAUGUUGAGUUAUCACAAAGUAGGGGACGAGCCACCUGAGUGGAAAGGGAGGUCCUUGGAGCUUGCUGCAGAGUACCGCCUGCGGACGGUGCAAUGCCUUGUGGUUGCGGACUACACAAAGCCCGUCGAAUAUACGGUGGAAACCAUGAUCCUCUACCUUUUUGGAGAAUGGUCGUCUCGAUGGGAUGCUGAUCUUGGGCUGUGGUUGAUCACAUCAUUGAUCACGAGAAUUGCCUUCCGCAUGGGAUAUCAUCGCGACGCGGAAUGGUUCCCGUCGAUCACACCCUUCCAAGGAGAGAUGAGACGUAGAACAUGGGCAUUGAUAAGAAUGUCAGAUAUCAUGUUUUCGUUCCAGGUUUCCUUACCGACGAUGAUCUACGAGCAUGUCACAGACACUAAAUUGCCGCAUAAUAUCUUUGACGAGGAAUUUGGACCUGAUACGAAAGUUUUACCCCCGUCUAGGCCGAUUACGGAGCCAACACCUAUUGCCUACAUGAUUGCAAAAUCAAAGCUAUGUAUUGAGUUUGGCAACAUCCUGCAGACCGUGUCACGAGUUGGAAGACAGGCGACAUAUGAGGAGAUCCUGUGUCACGAUCGGAAGUUGCGAGAGAUAUUGGAUGAGCUUCCACCUCACCUCAAGAUGCAACCGCUAGAAGGGUCCCAUGAUCCUGUAACCCUCAUCAUUGCGCGGUACAACAUCAAUCUGCUCUACCAGAAGAUUAUGUGUAUGCUGCACCGGAAGCAUUUGAUUAGAGCGAGACACAAUCCUCGGUACGCUCACUCCCGCCGCAGCGCUAUUGAGGCUGCGUUGGAAACUUUGAGUCAUCUACGAACCAUCAACCGCGAAUGCCAACCGACCGGGCGCCUUCGUACAAUGAAAUGGUUCGUUCAGUCGACAUCGAAGGACACCUUGCUUCCUACGAUGCUCAUUGUCCUUGAUAUUCACCACGACAACAUGGCCUCGGCACCUGGCCAACGCCAAGACUCGCAAACCAUGUACUUCUGGACACCGGAACAACGGGCUGAUAUGAUUAAAUCGUUGGAAAGCGUGCGAGACAUCUGGAAAUCACUUACGCAAGACUCAGUGGAGGCCUUUAAGGCAGCAAACAUCCUUGAGAUCAUGCUCGAGAAGGUCAAGAACCCUAACUCGCUACCGUCAGAAGCAACAAAGCAGGAGAACCUGUUUGGGGAAUUCGGCUCUGCGGACCUCCAACCCGAACACUCUGCAGCUAUGACCCUAGGAAUGAUGUCCACCGGAUUGACGCCGAAUUACCAAUCACCAGGCGGAACGGUGUAUCCCCCGCUCGAUAUGGGGGUGAGAGACAUGGGCAGCGGCCUUACGCCAAAUUUCACAAAUGACGUGCUCGCUGGCAUGAACAACCCUGCGUCUCCGUUCUCCAUGUUCAACAGCCUCAGCAACACAGGGGACAUGGCUGUAGACCAAAGCUUUGACUGGGCGGCAUUCGAAAACUACACGCAGAACGCCAACUUUGGGGAGCAGGGCGCUUUCGGUUACUUCCCGGAUGCCCAACAGCAAUCUCCGCCUGGAGCUUCGACUGACAGCUCUUUCUCCUUCAUGAACAUGAAUACUCCUGGGCCUGGCAAGUCGACUUGA